AUGUCCGAACAGCCAAACACAAACAAACCGCAGCCGACGCUGGACCAUAUUGUGAUCCUCGUCUCGGCCAGUGACUUGGAACAGCUUCCUGACCGCCUCAAAGACUCAUUUGUUGUCAGCCCUGGAGGGACUCACGCCGGAGGCCAGACAUUCAACAAGCUAAUCCUGUUCGAGGAUGGUGUUUACAUAGAACUCAUCGCAUUCACUGAGGGCAUCAGCCCCGAGGAGCGGGCAAAGCACAGAUGGGGUCGUCAGCGAGAGAACACCAUUGUGGACUGGGCAUACACGCUGCCCCAUGAGAGCGACUUUGGAGCUGUCCAGCAAAGAGUCAGAGAUGCAAACGCGGGAUUGACGUACAGGGAUCCCGUUCCUGGUGGCCGGACAAGACCAGACGGAGUUGUUUUGAAGUGGGCCAUUGGAGCUCCCCAGGAUGCAAAUGGCCAUGAGACAGAGCCGGGCAUCUUGCCAUUUUGGUGUCUAGACAGAACGCCGCGAAGCAACAGAGUGCCAUACCAGGAGGACAAGAGGCAGACACAGCAUCCUUCUGGUGCCCGUGGAGUUUCUCGGCUGCGGCUCAACGUGCCCGAGGAGCAGCUCUCUUCUCUACAAAGUGUCUAUGAUGCCAUUCACAACGUCAAAAACACAGCGAAAGGCGAAAACGAGUGGCUAUUCAACACCCCGGACUCAUCAGCAAAGGCACGACAUACUUUGGGGGUGGCAUCGGAGAGCGGGCCAAAGAUUAAGCUGGCAUUUCAGGGAAGCGUUGGCAGUCCGUCGUUUCUGGAGAUAUUGCCUGGUAUUGUGGUGAAAUUCGAGGCUUGA